AUGUCAGGCAUGGUGUUCCCUGGACAGGCCCCUGUGGAUUUGGACAUAUACCAAAGCUCCUACAUGAUCGACUACAAACCCUAUGGGAAACACAAAUAUGCCAGGGUCACAUCAGAACAGCAAGCAAAGCUGGACACCCAACUCCGGGACAAAGAGUUCUACAGACCCACCCCCAGCCCCAACCCCAAGCUAGAAGAUGGAUACCCUGCCUUCAAAAGACCCCACAUGACCGCCAAGGACCUGGGGCAACCUGGCUUCUUCCCACCACAGGACCACGUGGCCCCAGUGGAGGAUGAAUGUAGGUUCACCAGCAUCUGUCCAUCUGUGUACCCAGCUUCCCAUGCUCUGUACCUGGCCCACGGCGACCCAAACCGGAUUCGACAGAGUGCCGACUUCCCCUGUCUUCUGGAGCCUGAGCGCCAGCCUGCCCCAGACGUGGGCAAAGGCUACUUUCUACUGCCCGGCUGUGCCUGCCCUUAUCACUGUACGGUCAAGGUUCCCAUAUUGAACCGAUGGGGGCCCUUGAUGCCAUUUUACCAGUAG